AUGUCUGUCCAGGCACCCCUGAUCGACCUCACCGAACGGAAGACAUGCCCUGAGUGCGGGAAGAGCUUUGUCUGGAGCUCGCACCUGGCUCAGCACCGGCGCAUGCACACCGGGGAGCGGCCGUUCCAGUGCGGUGAGUGCGGCAAGAGCUUCAGCCGCAGCUCCAACCUAGUGAAGCACCAGGGCACCCACACCGGCGAACGCCCCUACCGCUGCCCAGACUGCGGCCGUGGUUUCACCGACUCCUCCAACCUGGCCGCUCACCUGCGCGGCCAUGCCGGCCACAAGCCCCACCGCUGCCCCCAGUGUGGGAAGGGCUUUGCCCGGCGCUCCCACAUCGCCACGCACAGGCGCAUCCACACCGGCGAGCGCCCCUUCUCCUGCCCCGACUGUGGCAAGGCCUUCGCCCAGCGCUCCGACCUGGUGGCCCACCGCCGCACCCACACCGGGGAGCGCCCCUACCAGUGCACUGUGUGCGGCAAGCGCUUUGGCAUGAGCUCCACCCUGACGGUGCACUGGCGCACCCACACUGGUGAGAAACCCUACCGCUGCCACCAGUGCGGCAAAGGCUUCACCCAGAACUCGGGCUUCCUCAUCCACCAGCGGCUGCACGCCGGAGACAAGCCCUACAAGUGCGGACAAUGCGGCAAGGCCUUCAGCGUCAGCUCCGAUCUCCUCGCCCACCGGAGGGGCCAUGACGCUGGGGCUGCGGCCCACAAGUGCCCUGACUGCGGGGCUGGCUUCGGUGCUAGCACUGAACUCCUGAACCACCAAAGCAGUGCCCACGGGGAGGAGAUGCCACACCGGUGCGCAGCUUGUGGGAAAGGCUUCCGGCUCCGCGCUGCCCUCGGCAGGCACCAGAGGACUCACAGCCAGCAGAGAUCGCACAGCUGCUGCCAGUGUGGGAAAAACUUCCUGCACAGUUCGUCCCUCAGCGCCCACCUGAAGACCCACACUGGGGAGAAGCCCUUCAAAUGCACCCAGUGCGGGAAGGACUUCCGCCAGAGUUCGGCCCUGAUCAGACACCAGAGGACUCACACGGGCUAGGGACUGGCCACGGCUCACCCUUGGGGGUCAGGGACCGGCUUGGAGAGCAAGAGGAGCAGAG